GCUAAGCUGACGUGUACCAUGUGUAAUGCAUCAUUUUUCGAGAAAAUGUCAUUAGACAACCACAUUUUACACAAGCAUCCGGAGCUUACCGCGUCUGUGUCUAGCAAGAUACAUGAAUGUACGCAUUGCGAAUAUAAAACUACAUACGUGCAAUGCUUAGCCAGGCAUAUCAUGAGACAUACUGGAGCUGAGCUCGCAUGUACAAAGUGUGUUGCGUCAUUCACGACAAAACGAUCGUUAGAUAACCACAUUUUACAGAAGCAUCCCGAGCUUACUGCGUCUGUUUCUAGUAAAAUACAUGAAUGUACACAUUGUGAAUAUCAAACUACGUACGUGCAUUAUUUAGCUAAGCAUAUCAUGAAACAUAACAAAGCCAAGCUCACGUGUACAAGGUGUGAUGAGUCAUUUACGUUUAGAUCGUCAUUAAACAACCACAUUUUACAGAAACAUCGUGAUGCUUUACUGUCCCAAGACACGUCUAAGAAUCACUUAGCUGAAUAUGUAGUAAAAGAAAAACCUAUUGAAAUACAGUGUUCUAAGUGUGAUAUGCCUUUUACGGAUCAAAAGGUAUUGGACAACCAUAUUUUACAAAAACAUCCUGAGCUUGCCACAACUGUGUCUAGUAAAAUACAUGAAUGUAAAUAUUGUAAAUAUAAAACUACACACGAGUGGUGUUUGGCUAGGCAUAUGAUAAAGCAUACUGUACAGAUGUAACACCUGAAAAUUAUUCUGUGGUUUAUUAACGUUGUGGCCUUGAGGGUUACAUCAUACAGACACAAACUAAACUGUAUCCAUCGAAGAAACAAAGUAAAAUCAAACAUAUACACCCGUAUUGCACGUGAUCAAGAACUUAACCGUAGGAGACGCUACAGGGCCGUAUCAAGCUAUUGUGACUGAUCUAUCAAAAAAUGUCGUACAAGAUAUGUGUUGCUGUAAAUUCUAUCAAAAGCAUAGUAAAUUAUCAGGAAUAUACCACGCCUUUCUAAUCAUAUUUCGACAUUAGGAAUCAGUGCAAAAAAUUCUGUAUUCACCAUUUCAGCAAAAUGUUACUAAAACGCACACGAAAAAAACUUGUGGACCAUCUCAACUGAAAUUGUUCAUAUUUUCUUAUUAACUUACAUAUAUACCCAAUAAUAUUUACAAAUCAACCUUCUAUUCACAAUGCAGAGC